GAUAUCCACCUACGGAUCCUGUCUUAGAUAUUACCAGCGUGCAUUAUACUAUGUUAUGUGCUUGCUUGCUGUCUGACACCGUUCCGCUUAUUUUGUCCACCCCUUGCUUGCUCGGCACCGCCGCAAUUGAGUUUGCAAUUCCAUGUACUCAGCUGGAGCCGUACUGCUUCUCAUCGAAAUACGUAGGUUUGUGCAGUAUUGUGCGCUCUCUAGAUAAGACAUCUUUUUGUUCUCUUCCAUGCAGUGAAACGGUAACACGAGGCUCGCCGACUGACUCUCCCCAAGGCGCACAUAUAAAUGCCACCACUGCUCUUAUCUCGUGCCGCUCAAGGCACACACUGCGAAUCCCUUCACCCAGCCCGUGGUUGCAGGAUGACGCAUCCAGAGAUAGCGCGCGCACGCUCCCCGCCGCUAACGCCUGCAAAUGGAGACCCUGAUCUCUGCGACGUGCGUCCCAGCCGUGUCGUGUGCAAGAUUUGGUGUCCCUUGGCCCCGUCCAGCCGCAGCCACAGCCAGCCAAUGGGGGCCCGCGGUUCUAUCGCUGACCUCUGCGAUAAGCAGCCCGCGAUAAGGACGACGGCCUCGAUGGGUCCCUUCCGACCUUCUCAGCUACUUAUGACUAGGACCGAUGAUCUCGUGAGGCACCCCGACCGGCCGAUGCCUUAGAUUUCCACAUAAUCUCG